UGUCUGCACUCUGCCGAGUUGCUGUUAUACUUCGCGAAGUCACGUGGGGCUGUUUAAAGUGUUUACACUUUCCUGUUUUUUAAUUUAUUUCUUUUUUAAUUACAUAAGAGAGAAUGGGUAAAGGGAAAAGGACGCGUUUGAAAUACAAAUACAGCCGUCUCGAGGAUGAUGGCGAGAUGACGGUGACCGACAAACCAGAAGGUGAUGGUGCAUUGGAUGGGCAGGACGACAAUGAAGACGCAAAGAUGACCGUGGACGAACCGGACAAAGAAGACGACAAAAACGAAGACGCCAAGAGCGUCAGGACUGUGAUGUCCGUCUCCAAGAGUUACAAGUCCAUCAAAAGGAGCAUCGGAAGCACACUGUCCAAAGUUGACAAGAGGAAGCUGAAACACAACAUCUUCAUGAAAAAAGUAGAGAUCAAUCAUGAGUUGUUGAAGCUGAACAAGAAGGGGAAAAAAGGCGACAGCAUUCUUCCAAGUACCAUAGCCGAACUCGAUAAUCUUUUGCCGUCUGCGAACAUGUUGCAUCAUCAAUCGCAAACGCACAAGGCAAAAGAGAAGGAUAAGUUUGCAAAAUCCGUCAACAAAAAAAUCCGAGGCAUCAAAAAGGCCAAGGAUCGACUUAAAGACAUGCAGAUGAAUCUUGAUGUGUUUAAAUCAGCUUUGGCAGACUCGAAAUAUAAGAGCUGCCCUUUGGAUGUAGUCACAGAAUCGAUCCAAGACAGGGUUUUCAACCAAGCUGUUUAAAACGACAUUUCUUAUUAGACAGCACGGUGAUGGGAGUCUGACAAGCAACACAAAACUAAAGUUGAUCCAAGAUCAUCUGUCAACGAAUCUACUUCCUUCGAUGAUGGACGAACUUUUGAAGAGUGUCGACACGUCAAAGUUUCUCACUGAGAGUGUUAAGCUUAUGAUUUUGAAAGUGUACAUGCACAGAGAUAUGGUGAAUUUCCAAGCAGCGUUCCGUUUGCCUAACGCCGACUCCUUUUAUGAACUCCAGUUGAUCGAUCUUAAGAAACUUGUAACGGUCAAUCUGAGGAUGGUGUGUACUGAUGAGAUCCUCGAGGUAAUUGGAAAGAAUUGCCCUCUUCUUGAGUCUGUCGAUAUUGUGUCGAAAAUAGGCAGUGAGUCUAACAAAACAAGAAACCAGUUGAACGCUCUCAAGCUGAAGUUUUAUGUGUCGGACGAAGGCUUGAGUCAUCUUCACAACUGUACAAAAUUGAAACGCAUUAUUAUGAACACUAUUAUACGUUCAAACUGCGGAGGAAGAAAAAUCACUCAUGACAGGAUACGAGGUUUGUUAACUUCCCUCCCAAACUUACAGUACAUUAACUACUCCGAUAUGGGUUUUGUAUUGGAGAGCUUUGAUAGAAAUUACACCCUGAACCUUUUGCAGCUUCAUGACAAUCACACGAAUCCUGAUCAUAUACGACUGUUUGCGGAACAUUGUCCAAAACUAAAGCACCUCUGCCUUGUACUGCCUACUACUAACAGCGAUAUAAACAUGCCAGAAAGCUGUUUAGAUUCCAUGGCAAAAAGUGAUUUGAAUUUAUUUUCUCUUGCCUUGGGGAUGUUCCCCGUUGGGCAGAACUUUGUCAAUUAUCUCAAGGUGAAAGGUAAUUUCUUAACAAGUCUUUGUCUGGUCCACAAUUCAACAAUCACUUUGAACGUAAUAAUGAUGGUGAAUAAAUACUGUUCCAAUCUGAAACACCUCGAAGUGUGUAGACUUGUUCCAAGUAAUGAACAAUGUCAUGAAAAUGUCAAGAAAUCAUUCAAGAACCUGUUAACGCUUAAAAUUGUCGGAACUCGUUGGGAUCCAUAUAUAAUUUUACCUCUUUGCCUUUUUGAUUCACCACGACUUGAAGAGAUAAUACUGGUGAAUGAACACUAUGACAAACAUGUCGAUGAUAUAUUUGUUGCUCUUAUGAAUAAAAACAAUUUGUCUUGUGUUAAGAAUCUUUCGAUUCUUGAUGGCUUCAUUAUCACACUUGACACCCUUGUAAAAUUGGUCUUACGAUGCGAAAAUGUCAGUACUAUCAAAUUGUCUCCAAGUUGUGGCUAUGAAGAGUACUUAAAUGUGAUAAAAGUAGAAAAUAAUCUCGAUUUCACUGUCUCGGCUGAAUCAGUUAGAAAUUUUGCAGAUUGCCUGUGUUAAGUUACACCUAUUUCAAAGCACAAUGAUAUUUAAAUUUCAAAAAGACCAUUUAAUGAAAUUAAUAUACAUAUUUUUAUGACUGUGAUAUUUAAUAAUUGAUAUUUUUUGUGAUUUUACAUGUCUAUUGUUAUUGCCAUUAUAGGCCACAAUUGAUCUCUAUCUCUAGUGUAAUUAUACAAAAUUUAUAAAUUUUUAUUGUAUUUUUAAGCACACUUGUUAGUAAUCUUAUACUAUUGUACACGUUUUAAAAUUAUUAUCUUUAUUGUAUUGCAAUAAAUUUAAAAAACCAUGAUAAUUACCUGUAAAUAGAUAAAAUAAAUUCUAUUAAUUGUUAUUGAAUUUUUUAUGAGUCAUUAGCAAAUGAUUUUUUUUAUCCAAGUUGUUUAGUAAAUGUGAAACACAACAGGAAAUGAUUCAAGAAAAAGAAAAUAACAGGAAGAGCCUUUACUAUUUAGCAAAAAUACAUUUUGUGUUAACAAGGAUUUACUUAAUACUAAAUCAUGUAUAACUAAAAUAUAAACUAAUUUAUCUUGAAGUACAAAAAUAUUUUUUGCGUAUUUCAUUUUUAAAAUGUAACAUAUUGAAUUUCACUGAAAACAAAGAAUAUAAUUUUAAUUUGAUCACAAUAACAACAUAUAAAUAAAUUUUUGUUACAAUAAAUACAAAUAAAAUUAAAAAAUAUGAAAACUUUUUUUUCACUUUUAAAAAUAUGUGUAUCCUUAAUAAGAGCAAUCCUAGCACUAUGCAAUCAAUACUUUUUGAUAUAUACAUAUUUAUUUUAUUUUUAUUUUUUUUAUUCUGAGAUCAAAUGUCUUCGCAGCAAGUUGUUUCCUAUCCUAUUGCACCUAAGGUGCCUAACCUAAUGUGAAAAUUGUUAACUAUUAAAAAAAAAAAAAA